CCUGAGACCAUUAUGUUACCUUGUGUGGAUAUAAUAAGGGCACGGGGCCAUUGUUGUGCACUGAGUGCAAUGGGGGGAAAUGAUGCAAUAGGAAAAGGCCUCUGUUUCCCAGUGCUUGUGGCCCACACAGAUAAGCCUGCACACAUGCUAAUUUUAAAAGCAGGGGGGGAAACCUUCAGGAAACGUGACGGGAAAGUUUCCGUUUUUGCAAGCAGCAGGGAAAACGCUCACACACAAUCACACAGUCAGCCACUCCUGGCACUACAGACUGAGUACAGAGAGUCUCUGCACACACAGUCAGGGUGGCUACUCUGCCCGCUGUUUUGCCCUCUGGAUCUGGUGUUUGGGGAAUAUGGCUGCCAAUGAGACCGAGACUGAGACUCACAUUAUUCUGGAGAUCCUGCAAUCUUUUGGCACCGAGAGCGUGGUCCUGGCCUUCUGCCUGUCCAUGCUGGUGGGUCUCCUGAUCGGCAUCCUGAUCUUCAUCGUCCUCACUUGGCUGUCCCGCCACCGGGCCUCCGCGGUCAUCACCAGGCCCUCCAAGCGGAGGCCCAACUCCCGCGCCCACCACAACCGCAUGGGCCUGUACCGGAGCCACGGCUUCCAGCACCUGGGAGACAACAGCCUGGCCUCGGCCCACCUCAACAUCCGCCGGCAGGCGUCCGUGGACGCGGACGAGCUGCUAGGCGGCGGGCCCUUCAAGGCCUCCACCUUCCACCCGCCGCAGAAGGGAGGCUCUUGGCACCACAGCAGCCCGCCGUCCUCUCCUUGUCCUCAGGAUGUGGAGACGCCCAGCCCCUCCAGCGAAGGGAGCCCCUUUCCAAACCCGGAGAACAAGCGCCAGUCCUUCUGGCUUGGCGGCAACAACGGGUUAAAAGGAUAUCUACCCACCCAGACUCCUCCACCUGCAUACGACAGUGUCAUUCAUGCCUUCCAGGAGACUCAAACUUGAGACUGAAACAGCGGAGCAAUAUACAGUAUGAGUUUUAAAACACUACCUUAUUGAAUACUGCAUCAUUUUGCUUGCUACAAGGAGACUCUUAAACAGGCCAGACUGAGGAAAACAAGCUGUGCACUACUGGAUCUACUGAGCUUCAUGCCAUGAUGUUUUAUUGUCUUGAUAUUGUGCAUGUGGAACUAAAUACGCUUUCUGAAUAACCAGAUGUUGUAUAGCAGUGACAAUUGACAAGGCAGAUGUAGGGAUUAUGUCACUUAAUUGUGUCAUCUUGGUUUUAUCUUAUUAAGUAACUAUAGUAUGUAUGCAGAGAACUGUGAUGGGAUGGCUGGCUAUUGAUUUAAACAGCGAGCGACACAAAUAAUUAGGGCUCAUCAUUUGCAUAUUACAAGGCACAGGAGUCCCCAGGGCUGGAUUAAUAUGGACUGGGGCCCCUAGACUACAGGUUGCUGUAGGCCCCCUGCCGAGUGCAUAUUUUGCCACACAAUCACAUAGAUAUAGCAUCAUACUUCAGACAGCGUUGUAAUUCUGUGCCAGGAAUGAGGGACAAUA